UUUAAUAUCCGGUCUUCCUCCUCAUAUUCGAACGACAAGUCCAUCGCAGUUUUGGCUUACGAAUCGUACUUACUUUUUCGUCCUAUCGGCCCGCUUGCCACCCGCCUCUCUUACUUCCCCGCCGGCAAUUCGGAGACCCUCUGAUUCCACUGCUCAGUUACACAGCCCGUUUGCUGUGAUUACCAGCCUCAAAGUUCAGUAUUUGAGGUCUUUCUAAUACUUUUCGUCUAUCGAGUGCUCGCAACCGUGCGAAAUCAGUCAACAUGAGCAGCCCCAAGCGCAGAAUCGAGACAGAUGUGAUGUACGGUUUACCACCGCUGCGCAAAGGCUUAGUUAAGCAGGAAUUUUAUGUCCGCUUCAAGGGCCCCGAAGAGACACCCUUCGCCGGUGGCCACUGGAAGAUUCACGUCGAACUGCCUGAUCAAUACCCGUAUAAGAGCCCGAGUAUCGGGUUCGUGAACCGAAUCUUCCAUCCGAACAUUGACGAACUGUCAGGUUCCGUUUGUCUCGACGUGAUCAAUCAAACUUGGUCUCCCAUGUACGACAUGAUUAACAUCUUUGAAGUUUUCCUCCCCCAGCUUUUACGCUACCCCAACCCUUCGGACCCGUUAAAUGGGGAAGCCGCUGCAAUGCUGAUGAGGGAGCCAAAGAGCUACGAAGCGAAAGUGAAAGAGUACGUGGCGAAAUAUGCCAGUAAAGACGCCGUUGACGACGCCGGGGAGGACACAGAGUCAGAAGACGAGUUGAGCUCUGCCGGUAGCUAUGAGUCGGACGGAGAAGAGCCCGCCGGGAGGUUGGACGACGUUUGAAGCGUCCAGCAUUUAUUGGCAUGCCUGAUUUUCGCGACAUUUCCAGGUCUGUUCUAUAUACUACUUCAUCAUCUCGUUACGGUCUUAUAGUUCUUGCUGGGUUUAGUCUUUAUGGCGUUAUUGACGGGGGAGUUUUGGCAAUCAGUUCGGGAGCCAGAGUCUAAUGGGUAUACGUCACGUCAACACUGGUGCACUUGGCGAGUUGAACCUCAUGUUCUAUGGGGCUCCUUCAACCCUACAUUUGUUUUCUAUAUCAUUUGCUCCUGCGAUCAUUGUCUUUGUGGGGUUCCUGAUGCUUUACGUCUCCAAUCAUAACAUCACUCGCCUAUUUAAUGGAAUCUGCUGUUUCUACCUAGUCUACUUGGAAGGCCCAUACUUACCAU